GAGCACCCCAGCUUCACCAUCUUUCUUUGUAUACAGCUUAAGCAAAAACAUGGGGUUUGCAGCAGCAGCUAAAGCUGUUUUGCUUCUGCAGCUUUCACUGCUCUUAGUGAGCAGCUUCAGAGUGUCUGGUCAAAUUUUGCCUGAGGCUUUGCCUCCUCAUUACCAUGAAGGAUCUCACCAACCUAUUUCUCCUGUGAUGGCACCUAGUCCCCCACCAAGUCAUCACCACCACCACCACCACCCUCACCCCCACCCCCAUCCUCAUCCACCCACCCCUCCACCCACUAAGCCGCCAAGCCACCCACCUAAAGCCCCGACUCCUGCACCAGUUUAUCCACCACCCAAGCCACCAACCAAGCCGCCAACUUACGCUCCGCCCAAGCCACCAGUUCAACCACCAACCAAGCCGCCAACUUACGCUCCACCCAAGCCACCAGUUCAACCACCAACUUACCCACCCAAGCCACCAGUUCACCCUCCAACUAAGCCACCAACUCAGCCCCCAACUAAGCCCCCGGUUUACCCUCCAGUGAAGCCUCCAACUAAGCCACCAACUCAUCCCCCGACUAAGCCACCAGUUCACCCUCCAACAUACCCACCAUCUCAUCCUCCGGCUAAGCCACCCACUUACCCAAAGCCUUCAAGGAGUCUCGUGGCAGUUCAGGGCGUUGUUUAUUGCAAGUCAUGCAAGUACGCUGGAGUUGACACCCUCUUGGGAGCUAAACCUAUCUUUGGUGCCAUUGUAAAGCUAACAUGCAAGAAUACCAAAUACAAGCAAGUGGUCCAAGCCAAGACUGACAAGAACGGCUAUUUCUUCCUGGAAGCACCAAAGUCCAUCACCAGCUUUGGAGCCCACAAAUGCACAGUCUCCCUAGUAUCAUCACCGUUGGCUUCAUGUAGCAAGCCAUCAAAUCUCAACAACGGGUUGCAGGGCGCCACCUUGAAGCCUGAGAAGCCAUUUAUUGCAAACAAGCUCCCAUUCAUUCUCUACAGCGUUGGGCCAUUUGCUUUCGAACCCAAAUGUUACUAGAACUGGAAUCUCAUCACUGCUUUGCUCUCCCACUCUUUUCCAUUGUUCUUCUUUAUGUGUUACCAGCUACUUACAAGUUUCCCCUAGCUUCUUAUUGUAAUGGCAUUUUGUUUAGUGUGUUGCUUUGGGUGAACAAUAAAUAAUAGUCAUAAAUGGAAUAGAUUAGUAAUUGAAUAAUCAAUGGAUUGCUCUUUUAACUAGUA